AUGAGCGGUCGCAAAAUCGCGGCUGCAUCGGUGCAAAACCGUUCUCAAACUCCAUUUUGGAACUGGUUGAAGCGUAAGUUUUUUGAAAAUCAUUUUUAUUUUUUACUCUUAUCGGGUUUGUCCCUUUGUUUAUUUCUCUGUCUGUCCGUCCCCACGUUUUUCAUUUCUAACAAAAUUAUUGUGACGGAGAAAUUGAGGAAUGAACACGUAAAUUUUCAAACAGUUAUGAAAAAGAAAUAAGCGGCGAAGCCGCUUCCGACCGUUAGCUCGGACUGCGCUGCGGGGCCGGUUUCAAAAGUCUUGUCUAGUUAGAAAAAAAUACAUUUCAGAAAAGCUUCUUGCUUCUGAUAGACUGCCGAUCACCCCGCCCCCGGGGAUUGCUGGAGAAGACGGGAAGGUACCGCUUGGUUUCGAUUUUCACAAUGAAAUUCUUAGUAUUCAGGCUGUUUACCAGAAUCCUCUGAGAUUCCCAAGCACUCAGUCUGCUCGUCCGGGAUCAGCAGUUCUCCCGUCGCUCCCGGGAGGUGUUCAUCACAAACUCGCCGAUAACUACUAUUUGACCAGGUAUGUGUUUUCAUCUACGGUUUGCAUGUUUCCAGAGACAUUUAGCCGAACGCCGAGAGUCUUAAAAUUUGCUUUAUAUUUUAUACCACUAUCCUAAUUUAUCAGAAUUUUACAAAUGGUAAUCGAAAGAACUUCCCUGGUAGUAGUUUGACCUUACAGAGAUGGAAGAAGAACCGUUGAUCCACCAGUCGUUUUGUAUGCUGCUGGAGAAAGCGCCGCAGAAUCUGGAAAGAUUGUUCAAGUGAACCUGGGUCAUUCUACCAAUUUCGGGCUUCCUGCCCCCACUCCUGGUUUUGGAUCUUCUUGGACCAGAUCCAAAAUUAACGAGUUGUCAAGUCAGCAGAACAACCCGGAGUUCGAAUACCUUCAGCGUUUCGACAAAUUCGCCAAUAGCAACUAA